GGCGGCCUCCGCGUCACCCGCGCCCGCGGUGCCCACAACAUGGCUGCGGCGCCGGGGCUGCUCCUCUGGCUGCUCCUCCUCGGACCGCUCUGGUGGGUCCCGGGCCAGCCGGACCCCAGCCCCGGCCGGCGCUUCUCGGACCUCAAAGUGUGCGCGGACGAAGAGUGCAGCAUGCUAAUGUACCGCGCUGAAGCCCUUGCAGACUUCACAGGCCCUGACUGUCGUUUUGUGAGCUUUAAGAAAGGCGACUAUGUGCAUGUCUACUACAAACUUGCAGGGGGAUCCCCAGAAGUUUGGGCUGGGAGUGUUGGACAAAUCUUUGGAUAUUUCCCAAAGGAUUUGAUCAAAGUUCUUCACAAAUACACAGAAAAGGAGCUACAUGUUCCAGCAGAUGAGACAGAUUUUGUCUGCUUCGAAGGUGGAAGAGACGAUUUUGAUAAUUAUAAUGUAGAGGAACUUCUAGGGUUUUUGGAACUGGAUGACUCUGUACCGGAAGAGUCUAAGAAAGCUGAAGAAGUUUCUCAGCAGGGAGUGAAAUCUCCUGAAGGGGCUCAGGGCGCUGAACUUGACCCCCCACCUGAGCCUGAGCUAGCCAAAGCUGACUCAGGGGAACGAGAAGGUGCAUUCCCAGAGAGCACUGGGGAACUGCAGGAACAGUCCCCAGCUCAGGAGAGCCACCCACAUGCCUCUAGUGCAGCGGAUCAUGCUCAGGGAGUGUGGUCUUCCCUGGACAAUUUUGAGGAAAUGCUACACGAUAAAUUGAAAGUGUCAGGAAGUGAAAACAGAACCAGCAAUAGUUCCCCUGCCCCCACGGAGCAGGAGAAGGUAGAUGCUUACAAAGUUCUGAAAACAGAAAUGACUCUUGACUUGAAAACCAAGUUUGGCUCAACUGCCGACGCGCUGGUGUCUGAUGACGAGGCCACCAGACUGGUUACUUCCUUAGAAGAUGAUUUCCAUGAAGAACUGGAUGCUGAAUAUUACCCAAUGGAGAAUGAAGAAGAGGAGAACGCAGACAACUAUGAUGAGCUACCAUUACUAUCCUUUGCAGAUGAAGAUGAUGAGAGAGUCCCCGGGAAGCCUGUGAUGGAGAAAUAUUCAACAGAUAAGGACGCGAGAGAAGAGGAGAAAGUGGAACCUACUCUGCCCCCUGGCAUCCAAAAUGACAAUAAAAAUUUAUUGACAAGCUUGGGGGAUACUUUCUUCUCUAUUGUCGCAGGAGGCGAAGGAAAAACAGGUGCAGUGGGUUUAGAGAGUUCUAACCUGGUGGAAGACAAGGAGGAUGCGUUGGUUUCAGGUAGCCAUCAGAGGAAGCCACAGUCAAUAGCUGGCCAUGUGGACCCUGAGAAUGAAGAAGAUGACCUCUUUGUAGAAGACUCCAAAAUAAAUGGUGAGAAGAAGUCAGAAACAGAGCCAGAACUUGUCCUUACAGCAGAAGAGAAGGCACCACAGGAAUCCAGGAGAGGUCUGGCACACCAGGAGCCCAAAUCAGAGGUUGCAGAGUCAGAAACUGCGGCUACUUACCAACCUCAGAGUAGCAAGCUUGAUCCUCUGCCAGCUGCUGGAAAGGGCAAAGAGUUUACAUUAAAAGCCGUCUUUGAAAAACAAGAAAAUGGCCUAAAAGAACCAGUUAUCCAUAUCUCAAAGGAAAUAGUACAUGAGGAAGAGACCAGAGACGGCAUAGACAGUGACUCGGUACACAGAGCUGUAGGGAGCCCAGAGAUGGGAAAUCACAGCAAACGUGAAUCCUUGGAUGCCGCGCCACUUUUAGGAGAUAACCAGCCGUUCGCUUCCAAGGACAGAACGGAAGUCUCAGGCGCUUCCGUCAGUGAGCCAAAAGUGGGGCAACGGGAGGGGUUUCACAAUCAACCUAGAUUCCCCUCUCCAGAGGAAACUGGUCUUUCGAGAGAACUGGGGGACAAAGUUCCUACUCUGGAAAGAAAUCUUCCUUGGCAGCAGCAAGAGAGAGAUGAAGCUGUUGGAGAGGGCAGAGAAGACCCUGCAGCUGUUGAACAACCUCACCCCCAGGUCAUGCAAGGGACGCAGGAGGCCGAUAGCCCGGAAGUGCCCAGAGUUGAAACCCAAAGGUCGGAAGCUGAGGAGGACGACGACGAUCCCCCUGAGGAGCUACUGGAGGAUGAAAAUGCAGUCAGUGCACGGCAGUCUAAAGAAAAGCACCCCAGCGUUCCCCACAGGAGGUCAGAUAUGAACUCUGAGGUUUUUGAAAAAGUAAUUGUAGGAACCCUUAAUCUUGACACUGAAGAAAACAAACAAGCACCUAAUAUGAUUUUGGAAGUUGGGAAAAAGAAUGGAACUACGUCGGAAGAGGCAGAUGGUAUGGGCGAGGAGUCGGGCAGUGGGGUGGUGGGCAAGGAAGAAAGCCACCUGGCAGACGGGAGAGCUCAGGGGCCGUCUGAAGCCCUCGGCCCUCCUGAGAAGAUGGCAGCUCACGCUCCAGGCUUUUGGGAAGCCGUUCAGAGUCAGGAUCCAAAUGACCUACAAAACGACAACCCCAAGGAGCUAGUCGACACCUUGGGGCUUGUGGAGAUUCCUGGGGGAGAAGAAAUCUCAGAGGGGGAGCCUGAGGAUCCUGAGGCGCUUGGAGGCUCAGAAAGCCAGGGGCCUGAUGCUGAAGACCUUGAGGAUGGCCCGCUCCAACAAGCUACCCCUGAAAUUCCUGAUGUGGUUCUCAAGAGCAUACGGGAAGACCUGCCCAUCAUCAACAGCUUCUUCAAGGACCACAAGUCCCUGUAUCGCUUCCUGAAGUACUUUGAUGUCCACGUGCUGGAGGGCAUGCUGCAGGAUAUGUCCUUAAGGCUGAAGUCAGCACAGCGGGACAGUCUGCCCUACAACGUGGAAAAAGUCCUAGAUAAAGUCUUCCGUGCCUCUGAGUCACGAAUUCUAAGCGUGGCAGAGAAUAUGCUCGAUACCCGAGAGCACAAAAAUAGAGAUCUUGGGACACAAGAGAACAGCCUGUUAGAAGAAGCUGCGGUGCUGGAUGACGUGCAGGACCUGAUCUACUUUGUCAGGUACCAACACUCUGGAGUGGAGACGGCCCCACUGGUCACACCUCCACCUCAUCAGGAAGGUGGCACUGGACCAGUAGAAGAGGUGCAGCCACCCCAGCAGGACAACUUACCACAAGAAAACACAGGAGAUCUUAGUGUGCCGCUUCCAGAGGAGCCUGGUCUCUCGGAUCAACCUGUGACCAGUGUACCACUUCUGGAGCAGCCUGGUCUCUCGGAUCAACCCGUGACCAGUGUGCCGCUUCUGGAGCAACCUGGUCUCUCGGAUCAACCUGUGACCAGUGUGCCGCUUCCGGAACAGCCUGGUCUCUUGCAGCAACCCAUGACUGGGCACACGAGUGCCUCAGAGGUGUCGCAGAAAUCAAAUACUGAGAAAGACGUAGAUCCAGGUUUCCUUGUAACGGAAGACUCUCCUGUUGGGGCUGGAGAUGCAGAAAAGCUCCUAGAGACAGGGGCAGAGGAGCCGGUGAACAUCCUGCCUCCAGAAAAUGCACUCGGUUCUCUGUAUUCCUUCAUCCUUUACAUAAGUAAGAUGUUGAUUGCCACGUUGCCCGAUAACGUUCAGCCUGGCCCUGACUUUUAUGGACUACCAUGGCAGCCUGUGAUCGUGACUGCCAUCUUGGGAAUUGUCUCAUUUGCAAUUUUCUCCUGGAGAACUAUUCUUGUUGUAAAGAGUAGAGUAUAUCAAGUAACUGAGAAGCAAAUUUCUAAAAAGUUGGAGAAUAUCAAGAAAGAAAAUGCAGAACUUAUGGAAAAAUUGUCAGAUUAUGAACAAAAGAUCAAAGAGUCAAAAAAACAUGUUCAAGACACAAAGAAAGAAAACAUGAUUCUCUCUGAUGAAGCUAUUAAAUACAAGGAUAAAAUUAAAGUACUCGAAGAAGCUAAUGAAAUUCUGAGUGACAAAGCCAAAAGUCUUCAUCUUAUGUUAGAGUCCGAAAGAGAACAGAAUGUUAAGAAUCAGGGCGUGAUACUAGAAAAGAAGAUGUCUAUUGAAAAGUUGAAGGAUGUCAUUUCGAUGGAUGCAUCAGAACUUUCAGAGGUUCAAAUUGCCCUUAAUGAAGCCAAGCUUAGGGAAGAGAAUGUAAAAUCUGAAUGUCAUCGUAUUCAGGAAGAAAAUGCCAGGCUUAAGAAGAAGAAAGAGCAGUUGCAGCAGCAGAUUGAAGAGUGGAGUAAAUCACAUGCUGAGCUCACUGAGCAAAUCACGUCAUUUGAGAGAUCCCAGAAAGACUUAGAAGUAGCUCUUACUCACAAAGACGACAAUAUUAAUGCUUUGACUAACUGCAUCACACAGUUGAAUUCGUUGGAGUGUGAACUUGAAUCUGAGGAUCAGAAUGAAGGAGGAAAUGAGUCAGAUGAGCUGGCUAAUGGAGAGGUAGGAGGUGACCGAAAUGAGAAGAUCAAGAAUAGGAUUAAGCAGAUGAUGGACGUCUCUCGGACACAAACUGCAAUCUCGGUAGUUGAAGAGGAUCUAAAACUUUUACAGCUUAAGCUAACAACAUCAAUGUCCACCAAAUGCAACCUGGAAGACCAAAUCAAGAAAUUAGAAGAUGACCGCAACUCGCUGCAGACCGCUAAAGCUGGGCUGGAAGAAGAAUGCCAAACUCUGCGGCAGAAAGUGGAGAUCCUGAAUGAGCUGUACCAGCAGAAGGAGAUAGCUCUGCAGAAGAAACUGAGUCAAGAAGAGUAUGAGCGGCAAGACAGAGAGCAGCGACUGUCGGCUGCAGAUGAAAAGGUGGUUCUGGCUGCGGAGGAAGUGAAAACUUACAAGCGGAGAAUUGAAGAAAUGGAAGAAGAAUUACAGAAAACAGAACGAUCAUUUAAAAGCCAGAUCGCUGCUCACGAGAAGAAAGCUCAUGAUAACUGGCUCAAAGCUCGUGCUGCAGAGAGAGCCAUGGCAGAGGAGAAGAGAGAAGCUGCUAACUUAAGGCACAAAUUACUGGAAAUGACCCAAAAGAUGGCAAUGAGGCAAGAUGAACCUGUGAUCGUAAAGCCAAUGCCAGGAAGACCAAAUACUCAGAACCCUCCCCGGAGAGGUCUGAGCCAGAAUGGUUCUUUUGGUCCAUCCCCUGUGAGUGGCGGAGAAUGCUCCCCUCCCCUACCAGCAGAGCCACCUGUGAGACCUCUCUCUGCCACACUCAGUCAAGGAGACAUGCCUAGAAGUGAAUGUGGGUCAUUGGACAGACAUUUACCUCGCCCUCGAUGGCCAUCAGAGGCAUCUGGAAAACACUCUGCUUCUGACCCAGGUCCAGCUCCUGUGAUGAACAGCAGCUCCAGGAGCUCCUCCCCAGCGAAGGCCACGGAUGAAGGCAAGCAAACUGUUCCCCAAGAGCCUGACGGCCCCUCAGGUUCCAGCAUAGCCCCUUUAGCUGAGCAUCCAGUAGCAGUUAACAUGGCUCCCAAAGGGCCCCCUCCGUUUCCAGGGGUGCCUCUCUUGGGUGGCCCUUUGGGAGGCCCUAUACCACCACCCAUUCGAUAUGGACCACCUCCUCAGUUAUGUGGGCCUUUUGGGCCUCGGCCAGUUCCACCAUCAUUUGCUGCAGGCAUGCGCCCACCAGUAGGCAUAAGAGAAUACGCACCAGGUGUUCUGCCUGGGAAACGGGACCUGCCUGUUGACCCUCGGGAGUUUUUACCAGGGCAUACACCAUUUAGACCUCCAGGUUCACUUGGUCCAAGAGACUUCUUUAUUCCUCCUGGUACUCGAUUACCACCUCCAACUCAUGGUCCUCAGGACUACCCACUGCCACCACCUGCUGCAAGAGACUCACUGCCUUCUGGCCCAAGAGAGGAAGCCCCACUUGCUUCUUCAAGCAGUGUCCAGGACCAUUCACAGGCUUCAAAACCCAGCCCCUAACUUUGACCUCCAUCAUGACUCAAGAGAGAAAGUGGACAGUGCAUAAUUCAUUACAGCAAAGGAUUUCAUUGGCUUCAAAACCUAAAAGUUUUUUUGUUUUUUUUUUUUUUAGUACUAAGCUGCCUUGGCAGUCUGCAUUUUUGAGCCAAACAAAAAAUAUUAUUUUCCCUUCUAAGUAAAAAUCACCUCUUAAGCUAGAGUCCUUCCAACUUUGAAAUGUGCAAUAAAGAAUACCUGUGUUUAGUUCAUGUAGCAUAUGUAAUUGCUAAAUGAUUUAGAAUAUCCUGAAGUAUGAACAUUUCCUGUGGAAAUGCUUUAAGAACAUGUAUUUCCAUGGCCUUGGUCUAGUGCGUGUCAGCAAACACGGAGUAAGGCAUCAACAGCUCUAUCUGUGUCUCAAAGACUGUUACGCUAAAAAACGUUUACUCGAGGAUCAUAAACUCUCUCCCGUUGCUAAAGUUCUUUGUAGUAAUAGUUCAUAAACUUUGUUUAUUAAUAUUU